CAUGGUCUCAGUUUCAGUGGUCUCUCAUCCUCGAGAUUGCUCGAGACGGUGGCCAUGUGGUGGUGAAGUGUGAACGACGUUAGGUGCCUUGUUCAGUUUCGGCCACUUUUUUCGAUGAAACAAUCCAGAACAAUAUAUUAAUGCAGGCGUAGCCGGUACCAGCGAAACAGAACGAAAGCUCGACAGCACAGGCCGGCACUUCGGUCCGACUGAUUCUGAGAGCUUAUUGCAUACUGUGUUCGCCGCGGUUUCAAGUCCGUUUCAUGCACUUGCUAACACGAAAUCAACCAGAUUAAAGUGAUAUACAGGUUCAUCAUGACACGCUGGGCUCGGAGUAAGAAUCCACUGAAGCACACGCGUCAGCCAGAAGAAGCCACCUCGUGGACAGAAUUCCAUGCGCAGCGGCAGAGAGAAGAUUCACAAGGUCUGUCGAAGGCCGUAUCAUUGAGCGCGCAGGGUCAAAGGGGAAUCUACCGGACUCGAUGCCACCGUAUUCCAGCAGGUGACUUGAAAGCAGUAGAAACAGGGGAUGCAGCAAAUAUGAAGGGGUCUGUCGAAACAGAGGGAGGCGAUUGCGCGCAGGAGUGCAAGGGUGUAGAGAAUGAAAAAAAGGAGAUACACGAAGACACCAUAUUUCAAUAUGCAGGAGGAGAGACAGAAUGGAAACCUGAACAGGAAAAGCAUUCUCAUGUUUCAGACAGCAAAGCUAUUUCUUCGAGAAACCUGUCGGGUAAUCGGAGAAAGGGUACGUCGGGCAUCAAACGGGGACCCCAGAGUGAUGUUGCCGAAGCGCCGGCGAAUAAGGUUAAGCGUGAUAAGAUAACGGUGUCAAAAAAUGGCGGUGUGAAAAGUGAGCGAGUGAAGUGCACUAGACGUAAUAAGCUGAAAAGAAAUUUGAAGAAGGACGUAAUUAGACCAGCCAGCGGCUGGACGGUGACAGAGAUACGUGAGAUGCCUCUGAAAGUGAAGCAAACUGAGAAGAACUUGAAGGAAGGGGAAGAAUCCGUGGCGGAACAGAAACGGAGGGUUUGCGCGAAAGAAAAUGAGAAACGGAAACAGAACAAGUGCAUAAAGGAAGACGAGUACGGAACUUGCGAUAGCACGGAUGAGUUUGCGGAGAAACGUGACCACGAAACGAACAGUACUGUGGGUGGUGCUGCGAAGAAGAAAAAGUUUAUGGAUCAAUUAAGGAAGGAGCGUGAGAGGAAAGGCAUAAUCCUGCUGCCCGAGAAGGUAGAGAAACGCAUCUAUGCAAUGAAGAAAGCCAUGCGGCAGAAAGGAAUCUCUGGCGAAGAGAUUAAAACGGCCGUUCGGAAGGUCAGGCGAAAAGAAGAGUUGCUCUUUCGAAGGCAGCUGGAAAAGAGGUGCUUCAAAUGCCGGCAACCUGGCCACAAGGUAUCGGACUGCCCAAUGAUGGAGGAAGAAAUCGACGAGGCUGUCGGAAUAUGUUUCAAGUGUGGAUCGACUGAGCACUUUUCGUCGAAGUGCCACGUUGAGACAAGUUUGGAAAAUGAGUUUCCGUACGCAAAGUGCUUCAUCUGCAAACAGGGAGGUCACCUAAGCAGAAAAUGCCCUCGAAACGAUAAAGGGGUCUACCCGAAAGGGGGACAUUGUAACUUCUGUGGAGCCAUAGACCAUUUCAAGAAGGACUGUCCUCAAAUGGAGAGAAACAAGAAAAAGGACGAGGAACCAGAGAUAACAGGAGACAUGAUGGACAUCCAUGGAAGCGCAGACGCUGAACCUGUGACACCAGACAUGUUUACAAAACAGAGAAAAUCCAAAAUUGUCACUUUCUGAUCCUUGUAACCCUUACGUAACUGGAACGAAUACACAGCCUCACCUGCUUCAACUAGUUCUACAGUGCUGUCAGCCAGCAAAACACUAGGGAGUUUUACUACUACGGUGAAGAGGUCCGGCUGGAGUUGGUUUCCCUUGGCGAUGGCGGGGAGGAAAAACGUUAAAAUUGUCUGCUGCUUCCCAGUGUUGCCAGUUUCAAGUGCAGCAAUAUUUCUUGUGCACAGGGAUAAAUGGGGGCUAUUGAGGGAAUUUGGUUUUGUAUUCAACUAUGCUAGUAUUUUGAAUUCAACAAAAACGCUAUUGCGACAGCAUGUACAAAGUUUUUUUCUGUUGUUGUUUUCAGCUUUUUCUUUUUCUGCUUGGGAAACUGCUGUUACUGCAUAUUUUUGUAUCCCUCAUUUUGAUGUUUACCAUAAAAGCACAACUGCACCCAC